AUGGAGGCUCCAACACAUGCUCCGACUCCACUAAGGAAGACCUGCGACAAGUGCUAUCUCCGCAAGAUAAAAUGUGAUCGACAACAGCCACGAUGCUCCCAGUGUGUCGCCUACAUGUCAGAGUGCACUUAUAAAGCCCCAAGCCGCCCGUCACGACCCCGUAAGCGGCGGCCGGCGGCUGGGAAAGCCUCCGAACCAACCCAUAUGCGCGCAUUUGUCGAGCAGCUGCAGAGUCAGGUGGAGGACCUGACUAAACGCCUUGAUGAGGCCACUGAUAGAAGCGAGCCACAGAAAGACCAGCUGCCCGUCGUAACCAAGGCGACCAUCGGACCGAAGCCUACUUUAAUAAUGUCACCAAUAGAUGAUAGUGGCUUGAGUAACGCGGGUGGUUCGGUUACCGGUUCGAAGUCGCCUCGCCUGAACUUGCCCCCUUUUGAUGAAGUAAUGCCGGUCAUACAGAUGUAUCUUGACCACUUCAAUUCAGUAACUCCCCUGUUUCACCCUGGUACCUUGCUGGGCCUAGUCAAUGAUUUUUACGAGUUUCCAAACCGCCGAGAUACCGUGUCUUGGGCUGCCAUUAACGUUGUAUUGGCCCUUACUUACAGGCAAGUCAUGCUCGGCGGUGUAGGAACCGAUAAUGGCACGGACCUUGCUCUUCAUCACCUUAAUAAGGCCCAGUCUGUCCUUUCGGAUGUGCUUCUUGGUGAACCAAAGCUGUUACACGCGCAGGUUCUCCUUGGUAUAGUUACUAUGCUUCAAAUCUCUAAGAGUUUGCAGCCGGCCAUGGUCCUCAUGGGCGCGGCGAUGCGUCUGAUUCGCGGGCUUGGGCUGCAUACGCGUGCCUCUACGGCCCAUCUCGAUACCGAGACUGCUAAAGAGCACACCUAUGUUUUUUGGAUUGCUUAUAUCCUGGACAAAGAUAUAAGCAUGCGGAUGCGGAGUCCUUCUAUCCACGGUGACGAUGAGGUUGAUGUUGACAUGCCCGUGGCUGUCAUUAACCAUCACCGCGGGGUACAUGGUAGUAAGAAAAAGUUCGACGAUGGUGUAAUUGCCACGGUGAAUGGAGAUGUGGCAAUGGAUUUCUUCUUGACCCGCAUCCGUCUUGCCAUCGUCCAGGGCGGUAUUUACGACUACCUUUAUUCCGUUCGGUCUCAAGCCCGGAGCCCAGAAGAGCGCAACGUUGCAACUUCCAGCCUAGUCAAUGCUCUCCAAGAAUGGCAAUCGCACAUCGCGCCAGAAUUUGAUGCCGCGUCGGCAGCUGGGAAUGUAUCUCCUACUGCACUCCCAUUUAUUUGCUCACUGCACGCCACGAGCUUCGCUAGUCUCGCUAUGAUCAAUGAGGCAAGCGCCUGGAAUCGACAAUGGGUGAUAGAUAUUCGCAAGUACCCCGGAGCAUGUGCUGAUCUUCAUCCACGUUCCCGCUGGGAGCCACUGGUGGAACAUGCAAGGGAUUUUGCUGUAUUAUUCGAGAGCAUCCCUCCAAGCGGCUAUGCCUUGAUCUGA